AAAGCACGUAAAAUAAAGAACCGUUUAAUUACCCGUUUGGUUUGUUGGUCCGUCUCCAAAAUAUUCCAUCACCUUCCGUUGGUGUUGGUUUCCCCGUUUCCAUUCCCAUCUCUUUGGAUGCACAUUCUGCAUCCCAAACUCAUCUCAUCUUAAACCCUCUCAUUCGAUCUCUUUCAUUCCUCAUUCGAUCUGAAUCCGAUCUCUCCCAUUUCAAUCCAACAAAAUGGCGACUAUGACAAGCUUGAUCGGUCUCAUCAAUAAGAUCCAACGUGCUUGCACCGUCUUGGGCGAUCACGGUGGCGAGGGUUUGUCUCUCUGGGAGGCUCUUCCCUCCGUCGCCGUCGUAGGUGGACAGAGUUCUGGAAAAUCUUCAGUGUUGGAAAGUGUUGUUGGAAGAGAUUUUCUGCCACGUGGAUCUGGUAUUGUUACACGGAGGCCACUAGUUUUGCAACUUCAUAAGACGGAAGAUGGGACACAGGAAUAUGCUGAGUUUCUUCACUUACCAAGAAAGAGAUUCACUGAUUUUGCUGCUGUGCGGAAGGAAAUAGCAGAUGAGACAGAUCGUAUAACUGGGAAGUCAAAGCAAAUUUCUAACAUUCCAAUUCACCUCAGCAUUUAUUCUCCAAAUGUUGUAAACUUAACCCUCAUAGAUCUUCCUGGGUUGACAAAGGUUGCUGUUGAGGGACAACAAGAGAGUAUUGUUCAAGAUAUUGAAAACAUGGUCCGUUCUUAUGUUGAAAAGCCAAACUGCAUUAUCUUAGCUAUCUCUCCUGCAAAUCAAGAUAUUGCAACUUCAGAUGCCAUAAAAAUUGCGAGAGAAGUUGACCCUUCAGGUGAAAGAACAUUUGGUGUUGUUACAAAACUUGAUCUUAUGGAUAAAGGAACUAAUGCAGUUGAUGUUCUUGAGGGCAGGCAAUACAGGUUGCAGCAUCCAUGGGUUGGAAUUGUCAACCGUUCACAAGCUGAUAUUAACAGAAAUGUUGAUAUGAUUGCUGCUCGUAGAAAGGAGCGGGAAUAUUUUGAGACAAGUCCUGAAUAUGGUCAUUUGGCACAUAAAAUGGGCUCAGAAUAUCUUGCUAAGCUUCUAUCUCAGCAUUUGGAGCAAGUUAUCAGGCAGAAGAUACCUAGCAUCAUUGCAUUAAUAAACAAGACUAUUGAUGAGCUUAAUGCAGAGUUGGACCGUAUUGGCAGGCCAAUUGCUGUGGACUCGGGGGCCCAACUGUACACUAUUUUAGAGAUGUGUCGUGCAUUUGAUAAAGUAUUUAAAGAACACCUGGAUGGAGGACGUCCUGGUGGGGACCGGAUAUAUGGAGUUUUUGAUCACCAAUUGCCAGCUGCUUUAAAAAAGCUCCCUUUUGAUCGUCAUCUUGCCUUAAAAAAUGUCCAGAGAGUUGUCACUGAAGCUGAUGGAUACCAGCCCCAUCUAAUUGCACCAGAGCAGGGUUAUAGAAGACUCAUUGAAGGGUCUAUUGGCUAUUUCAAAGGCCCAGCUGAAGCCUCCGUGGAUGCUGUCCAUUUUGUUUUAAAGGAACUUGUGCGGAAGUCAAUUGCAGAAACUGAGGAACUAAAAAGAUUUCCAACACUUCAAAGUGAUAUAGCAGCUGCUUCAAAUGAAGCUCUGGAAAGAUUCCGAGAAGAAAGCAGGAAGACAGUUUUACGGUUGGUUGAUAUGGAGUCGAGCUAUCUAACAGUGGAAUUUUUCAGGAAGAUUAAUUUUGAACCAGAAAAGAAUCCAAAUGGACCCCCAAAUCCAAGUCGGAAUGGUCCUCCUCCCAACAUGGACAAUUAUACUGACAAUCACCUGCGCAAAAUUGGAUCAAAUGUAAAUGCCUAUAUCAAUAUGGUUUGUGACACGCUUAAGAAUACUAUUCCAAAGGCCGUGGUAUAUUGUCAAGUUAGAGAGGCUAAAAGAUCAUUGUUGAACCACUUUUACAUUCAAGUUGGAAGGAAGGAGAAGGAGAAAUUAGGCGCUAUGUUGGAUGAAGACCCAGCUCUUAUGGAAAGGAGAAAUCAAAUAGCUAAAAGGCUUGAAUUGUACAAGCAAGCUAGGGAUGACAUUGAUUCCGUGGCUUGGAAAUAACGAGAUCCCAGAUUUUUGCGACAGAUGUUAUGAGGAAGAUUUGUCAUAGAUUUUAUAAUUUUUAUUAAUUUUUAAUCAAACACGAACAGAAAAGGUACGUUUACGGCAAGAAGUUGAAUUUGCACCCGCAUAUAAUUCUUUUGCCCCAGUGUAUAUGUUGUGAUUCUAUGUAACUAACGAGUUGUUGGUUAAUAUGUUUGAUUUUUACGAACGCAUAUUAUUUUUCAAGAGCUUUUCGUCUUUUCCCAUUUCU